AUGGCCGCCGUCGCUCCCGCGCCCCUUCUUGGCGCCCGCGGCUCCUCGGCUCCUUCCGCCUCCCUGCGGCUGUCACCCCUGGCAACAGCGGCAGAGGCGGCCGGAAGCCCCGCCUCCCCGAAGCCCCGCCCCGCGCCGAGCCGCCCAAUCCAGUCGCGCAGGCCAGGGGUGUCGGAACAGCGCCCUCUGGCGUGCAAGGGGCUGGGACCUCGCGCAGAACUCUUCCACGCGCACGCGCACGCGCACGCGCACGCACCUGCCUUAUCUGUGCUUAUGCCCAUUCCACCGAUGAGGAAGCUGAGGUCUGGGGAGGGCCCUGGCUGUGGGAGGAUGGCAGCGGAGCAGAACGACAAGGACUGCCUGAUCCACCUUUCCAGCUUCAUUCAGCCGUCCCGGAGCCUCCAAGCCACGUCCUUACUGCCCCCUGUUGGACAGGCCUUGAGGACAUUCAAAGCAGCCUGGAGGGGGGAGGAGUGGGGGGGAGGUUCUAUGAGUGCACAGUUCCUCCCAUUGAUCCUUAUAAAAGGCAGAGGGAGGUUGGGGUGGUCUGAAAGGCACCUGAUCCUCUCCUCCCGCACCCCAGCUCUAGGUCCUGAGCUCCAUCUCCCUCUCAUGGCAGGCCUUGCGACCCUGGGGGCUGGCCUCCUGCUCCUGACCCUGUGUGCCCACUGCAUUGCCCCUGCAGGCUCUGCACCCAUCCCCUCUUCCUGCUGCAUGUCCUUCAUUUCCAAGAAAGUUCCUGAGAACCGAGUGGCUAGCUACCAGCUGUCCAGUGCGAGCGUCUGCCCUAUGGCAGGAGUGAUCUUCACCACCAGGAAGGGCCAGAAGUUCUGUGGCGACCCCAAGCAGCACUGGGUCCAGAUGUACGUGAGGAAGCUGGACGCCAGGCGGAAGAAGGCGUCCCGUGGGGUCCGGGCGAUGACCACCAAAGCCCCAGUGCAGGGGAAGCCAGCCAACACCACCGCCAUCUAG